AUACUUAUGUACAUAUCUACAAAUUUUCCAGGUAAUUAUAGAAUUUUGCUGUAUAGGAAUUGUAGCAAAAUGGAUAAAAUAUUUUUGGUCAAAACAGAACAAUACUGAUAUUUAACCUAUUGUAAAGGAAAACCUAUUACUAAGAAAUAAAAUAAAGGAGUAUUUUAUUUUACUAUUUCUAUAUUUAAAUAAAAUAAGAAGUAGAUAUUAGCUUUAAAAAUUAAUAAGGGAAACAAUUUUUUUCAAUAAAAGGUCAAUUACCUUUUAUUACAGCAGAAGCAUAGAUACCUACCUAACUAACUACAUAAAAUAUAGAACUUAGAUGAAUGUAAACACAAAUUUUUCUUUGUCAGCAAAGUAUUAUUUGUAAAACUUGCGUUUGUUUAUCUUCAAUAAAAUUCAUCUUAAUAAAUGCAUCUGUAUAUAUGUAUGUAUAGAAAUAAAAUUAAUUUAUAUUCAAUAUGGAUAAUGAGCAGCCACACCAAGAGCUAGUCAAAUGUACUUUAGUAGGAGAUACUGCAGUGGGUAAAACUCGUCUAAUUUGUGCUAGAGCCUGCAAUAAACAUGUAUCGUUGUCACAGCUUUUAUCCACACAUGUGCCUACUGUCUGGGCAAUAGAUCAAUAUCGAAUUUAUCAAGAUGUAUUAGAGAGAUCAUGGGAAAUCGUAGAUGGUGUAAAUGUUUCUUUAAGAUUGUGGGAUACAUUUGGAGAUCACGAUAAAGAUAGAAGAUUUGCUUAUGGAAGGUCAGACGUCGUUCUUCUUUGUUUUUCUAUUGCUAGUCCAACAUCAUUAAGAAAUUGCAAGUUAAUGUGGUAUCCCGAAAUUCGCAGAUUUUGUCCGGACACUCCUGUAAUAUUAGUCGGAUGCAAAAAUGAUUUACGUUACAUGUAUCGCGAUGAAACAUAUUUGUCAUAUUUUGGGGAGAGGAGCCCAUUUGUACGCGCUGCUAUUAAAAGUGAUUUAGUAAUGCCUGAUGAAGCACGGGCUGUAGCUAAGGAAUUAGGUAUACCGUAUUAUGAAACUAGUGUAUUCACAUACUUCGGGGUUAAUGAAGUAUUUGAAAAUGCAAUAAGGGCUGCUUUAAUAGCAAGGCGGCAGCAACGAUUUUGGAUGACAAAUUUAAAAAAAGUUCAGAAACCCCAAUUACAGGCACCUUUUAGACCUCCUAAACCUCCACCACCAGAAAUAAUUGUUAUGCCUGGAACAUACAGAAAAGAUAUGUAUAAUAUGUUUUUAUCCCAAUGCUACACAGAUUUAAUAUUGAUUGUUGGUUCAACAAAAUUCGCUGCUCACAAAUUUCUUCUAGCGGCUAAUUCACCAAUUUUUAAUAGAUUAUUAACAACUGAAUUAUCUGACUUGGGUGGUAGAAGUAGCAGUGAAUCAAGCAUGGUUUCCUCAACAUUUGGUGAAGCAACAACUGCCGAUUUUAACGAUGAUACUGAGUAUCUGAUCCGUAGUGAAUCAAAAUCAGCUAGAAUGUGGGAACAGUUAAAACGACGUUCCAGUUAUCAAGCACUACCGUUGAUAGAAUCGAAAAGGCCAGCUGACGUUUAUAAAGACCUAAAUCAUCCAAUAUUUCAAAAUAUUCGAAUAGUACAUGUUGAAACUGGACGUGGAACAACGACGACUCAAGUUGUCGUUACGAUUUCAAAAAUUAUAACACCACAAGCAAUGCACCAAUGUUUGAAAUUUAUAUAUACUGGAAGUAUUGAGAACGAGUUUUCCCAACUUCAGACAACCCCUAUUGGCUUUUUAUUGAUGGGUCUUUUGUCUGUUUUCCAGGAAAUUAAACAAGCAGCUGAUUUCUUAGAACUGCCACAAUUAACACUUUUGCUAUCUAAACCGCAGAAUGUAUUGAGUCAAUCUGAAGAAUCAAUACCAAAUAGCACUAUGAGUAUUAAGGAAAAAAUAGAAAAGUUUUGCAUUAAUCAAGGAAAUUUUAGUGAUAUAACUUUUGAAUUAGAUGAUGGACGUAUGAAAGCGCACAGAGCAAUUUUAGUUGCACGCUGCGAUGUCAUGAGAGCUAUGUUAAUGGGAGAUUUCAGAGAGGCCCAUUCCAAUAUUAUUGUAUUUCCAGGUGUUACUACAUAUACAUUCCACAAAUUGUUAUGUUAUAUAUAUACAGAUGAAAUACCAUCAAUAUCCGCAGAAAAAUGUUUGAAUUUAUUAGAAUUGGCAAACAGAUUAUGUUUGCCCCGUUUAAUUAAUUUGGUUGAAUGCCGAGUUAUAGAUGAUCUCACUAGAAUAUCACAAAAUGAAACUAAUGAAACUGUCAAUCAUUGCCUUAAAUUAUUAGAACCAGUUAAACUUUAUAAUGCACAUCAAUUAGCUGAGUGGUGUAUGUCCUAUUUAUGUGUCAAUUACAAUAUUAUUUGUAAAUUUUCGCUGAAAGGACUUAAGGCAUUACAUAUUGAUAAUCAAGAAUAUUUAAGAGAGCAUCGUUGGCCACCAGUAUGGUAUUUAAAAGAUUAUGACUAUUAUCAGCGCUGCAUAAAUGAAAUGAAUCGGGAACUAAAAGAUUCAGGUGAAUCACCAAGUGAUGAAGAAGGAUGUUUAUGUUUUUCUGGAAUUUUUAUGAAACUAUUUUUCAAUGUAGACAAGUCUAGGCGAACAAAUGCAGAAGAUAAACGUAAUAACGAAUCUGGGGAUUCUCAACAAAUAUUUAGCAGUAAUGCGAAUUCUUUGGAUAUGAAUGAGCAAGAUGUUGAUUUGAAUCUCUGACAUACAGCUUCCGGGCAUUGGAGAUCGCUGCGAUUUAUAGUGAUUUUGCCCGUAAUGAUAUGUUUUAUAUGCACCAUAUUAAGCAUUCUAAUUAUUUUUCAAAUAUAUACAUAACAAAACGUUUUUUAGAUAUACCUCGAAAAAAUCUUAUUCAAUUCCAGCAACAAGAUUAAUAAUUAAAAAUUAUUAAAUGAAAAAAAUAAAAACUCUAUUUAUGAUUAAAACAUGCAAAAAGAAGAAGCAAGCAAAUAAACAAUUAUUUCAUAAAGAUUUUCAUGAUUAGAAAUUCAACAGUUAAAAAAUUCUUACUUUAUAAUACGAAAAUAAGUAAUAUCAAAGUUGCCAUAUAGAAAAACGUAAUAAUAAAUUUAUUUCUAUUUCUAAAAAUAUAAACCGAAUUAUAUAUUCCAUUUAUUUAUGUAGUAUGUAUAUAGUAUGUAAAUCGUCAAUAACCAAAAAAAUUAGUCUAUCAGAACAUAAAUCAGUAUAACAUCAGUAAAAAUUUAUUUAUUUACAUAUUUUUUUUAAUUUUACCGUAGAAUUUUUUAAAAUUUAUUUAAAAUACAUAUUUUAAUAGCUAAUAUAUAUGCUUUAAAAUGAAAAUUUUUCCGUGAAAGUUUCCUAGAUUGCUUUUAUAAAAAAAAGGUUAAAUAGGAAUUAAAAACGCUUGUAAAUAAACUCAAUAGGACAAGUUCUAAGUGGGUUAGUAGUUAAACCACUCUUUAUUAUAGGUACUUUAUACGCAUAUAUUAUAUCGGAUAAAUACAAUGUUGCAAUAAAUAGAAAGUGGUAGUUUUCAUUUUAUAUGAUGAGUAUAUGUGGAUAUAUUUAAAGUAACAAUCAAAAUAGUUUGAACAAAAAUUGUCAAUGUUUUUAUCGAAAUAAUAUUUGUAUGUCAAAUCUUGUUAGUUUUCAUGUUACAUAUUUUAAAAUUAUUGAAUUAAUAAAAGUUUUUCCAAACCGUCGGAUGAGCUACAUACAUAUAUUAUAAUAAUUUCUAUUAGUUUAUAACAGUUUUUAUUAGUAUCGGUUUGUUUAAAAAAAUAGUGAUGUUUUCCAAAAAACUUAAUUUUAAAGAUAUUUGUUAGAAACAAACAAAAAAAAAGUUCAAUACUAUGUAUGUAUAUUUUAAGCAAAAUAUAAUAAACAAUUUUGAAAAUAAAAUAAAAAAUAUAAUAAACGGAAUCUCUGUUUUAACAAAAAACAUUUUCGAUAUUAAUAACCAAAUUUUCAAUUUAUAUGGGGAAUAAAUGACAUAUGUAUGUUAUAAUGCCAAUUUACAUUCUAUAAAGAAAUGUAAAUAGAACCGUAUUUUAAAUUUUGCUGUGCUACAAUUAAUUUAAACAAAAACUACAAGCUAGUCGUAUUGUAUUUGAUUUUGCCAAGAUCAUUCGACGAUUUGAUUUGCUUCAAUGACUUUAAUAUUUUUUUCACAAUUUGAAACUGAACAUUAAAAUUUUUCUAAAAUAUUUAAAAUUUUGUGGUCUGCAGAAAUCCUAAUCAAACUUUUGACUUAAAACUUGCCUAGAAUUAUUCAAACAUAAAAUUUUAGUAAUAAUAUUCUUAAUAUUGAAAAUUGCUGCCUUUAUUGUUAUCAAUGUGCAGUCAAAGUAACCGUUCAAUUACAAUAAAAAAUAAUAAAUUAUUAAUAACUUAAAAAACGAAUAGGAAAAUUAUAAAUAAAAAUAUGUGCAAUAAUAAGUAAGUAAACCUUGGAAAGAAUGACUCAAAAACAUAAUAAUGUAAUAAAUUCCAAUAAUGUGAUAAUGGUUUAAUCCAAGAAAAUAUUAAAAGAAAUAAGUGAUAAAAGACUUAAAAAUUAAAGCAUUAACAUUUUCUUUUGCUUGGUCAUUUUGAUUUUAUUAAGAAGAAAAAGUUAAAAUAAUGUCUAUUUAUGUAAUUGGUUUCAGACUAAACAAAAAUCAAUCACUUGGUAGGUCUUGAAAAUAAAUUAAAGUACAAUAAUCCUUAGGUAUUUUUAAUUUUUAAAUCUGUCAAUACAUGUAUAUUUUUUUCUACUAUGUAAAACAAAACUUAAAUAUUGUACAAAAUAUAUUUAUACAAAUAACUGAAAAACAUUUUUUUGCUUGAAAAUAGUUAAAUGCAAUGGAAUUAUAAAAUAGAAAUAAAAACAAUUUUAUUUAGUUUUGCAUUUGAAAAGAAACAUUUAUUUUCCUAUUUUAUUUGAAAUAUGUAAAGAAUUAGUUUUCAUAACUUCUGCAGCAUAUACAUA